GAGCCUGGAGGUUGUUCAUGGACCUCGUUCGCCAGUAGGGUUCUGUUUUGGUGGUAGCCCGCGCGUAUCGAAUCCCCGGGGGUUUUUAGCGUUUACCAUCUAAACGCUGGGUUUCAGCCGUGUCUCUUGCGACUCGAGGCUAUCGCUAUGUAGACAGAUGGCUGAACUGCUGCGAUUUGUAUACGCUGAGAAGACCGUCGGUCGGUUGUUUAGGUGGCGGAUGCGACAAUUAAUGCUUUCCUUGUUAUCGGAUCCCAACUCACCCCCCAGACUUGGUCAGCCGCGUCAGUCAGAUGCGUCGCUACAGUCAUGCGCGCAGUGGUGCAUAUCUUCGCAACUUUACCUACCACACCUAUCAUCAUCUGCGCAUCGCUUGCUGAGUCUCCUGGCGGGGGGGGGGGGCUUCUUUUACAUCUGUGCGACUGCAAAAAUCCUGUUACCCUGACGUAGGGAUUACUGCGCGGAGGGACAGAUCCUCCCCCGAGAUGUCCGUGUGCUUACAGGAACAGGAUGGUUCACAUGCAAAAUACGACUUGACUUCCGUAUGAUGU